CUUAGCUUCCAAACCAUCCUAUAUAUAUAUAUUUAUAUAGUUGCCACUCCUCACACCCCAAUACUCUCAAACCAAAUUCCUGAUAUCAAAGAAGCCAUAGCAAGAUGGGAAAUGAAUGGAAAGCGGCCUUCUUUGCUCUUCUGGUCUUCACCACCAUAGCCUUCAUCUUAUUCAUCUAUUACAUCCGUCACCUCCGCCGUGGACCCCAACAGCUCCCCGUUAAGGCCCAGGCCUCCGCCCCCAUCGCCGCCACCACCUCGGCUGGGAACUCCCUCCCUGCAACUCCCACAGUCUCUCAUGCUGGUCCUGCCGCUUCCGGCGGUCUCGACCCAUCGGUCCUUCGAUGGCUCCCCGUCUUCAUCUACUCCUCCAUGGCCUACACCGAGUGCUUGGAGUGCACCUUAUGCUUGAAGGGCUUCGUGGGCGGCGAGGAGGGGCGGCUCCUCCCUCGCUGCUACCACAGCUUCCAUAAGAAGUGCGUCGACCGCUGGUUUCACUCCCACUCUACCUGCCCCCUCUGCCGGUCGAAGGUUGAAGCCGAGGUCUCGGAGUAGGUGAACGAAUGGUGUUUUCUUCUUCUUCUUAACGAAUGGUGUUUUCUUCUUCUUCUUCUUCUUCUUCCUCUUCUUUUUUUUUUUUUUUUUUCCUCCUGCUGCUAAAGCAUAUAGAUCAUACCUAGCGAGUAUGGAUACAUCUAAUAAAAUCAGAAAAUAAAAUGCUUUGGAGUGCUUAAGGCAACUCCUGAAAACAUUUCGCCCAACUCCUC